AUGGACGCCAGGUCUAUGACCGUACCAAUAGUCCCACCUCCCCUCCACCAGCCAACAUACACCCCCUUCCAAGCAACAUCCUCGAAGCGCGUGGCCCAGCGUCCGGAACCCCGAGACCCCUCCACCCCGAAAACCAAUCGAGAAGGUCACGAACCCGAUCCGAAGAGGCACAAGUCGCCUCCGCCGCUCGAGUCGGCGUCACCAUCCACCGGUAUGCGUGGAAUGACGUCAACAGCGCAGCACCGUAAUAGAGCCAAACCGCCGGCAGCGGACGCGGGCCAGGCCUUCGUGCCAGUGCCUAGGCAACACAGAAUGCUCUAUCAGGAUGGCACCUCAGGAUUGCGACGGCAGGCGAAAAGAGGCAAAGGUGGCGGGACCGCAGAGGAGUUUGGCGAAGGAGAAAAGGUCAACGUCUUGGUGAAACAGCCUGAGACACGUCCGAUAGGUCAAGGUCAACUUGUGGCUGAGGUCAAAGGCACAUACGCUGGGUGA